AUGGAUGUCAAAUCUAGCACCGCCAAGACACCUUUUGCGUCAAAUGACAAAAAGGACCAGACCUAUACUGAAUGGGCUAAAAAAAACUACCAAGACCAAUACGAGAAAUGGGUUCCAUGGAUCGAGGACCAAUACCUAAAAUGGUUUGGAAAAGGUGAUAACAAGGCAUCGUAUACGACAAAAGAUACCCUUUCGAAAACAAAAGUCACAGGAGUUGAUCAAAUCGACCAACUCCAAGAUGAUAUCCAUAACGUCGUCGGUAACCAGAUUGGUGACAAAGGGCUUUUGGCCCCGGUCGGGAAGUUGGUAUCCAAAGAAGGUGUAAACCGGGCUGAAAGGGAUGGUAAAGAUGAGAAUGGGUCAUAUACAUCUUCACUGCUUCCAAAGUUUUGA